CAUGGCGGACGUCACUAGUUUCCUUGUAAAAGGUGAAAGGUUUUUGGCUGUUAACGAGCUCAAAUGGGAAAAAUCGCUAUUAAACUUACCAAAAAUGAGCUCUGACAACAUAACUAACUUUACAAAGAAAACAGGAAAAAAGGAAAUGGGCCCAAAGGGUUACAAAUUGUUUGCCGAAAAUUACCUUGACGAUGUUUACACUGCUUCGUCACAACAAUGUCAGUGGGUGAAAGGCAGGUGUUAUCGGUCUCAUAGAAAAACUGAAGAACCACAUUCAAUGAAAAUAGGGUUAGACAAAUCUGGAAAUUGUUAUAAAUCCAACUGUUCUUGUAAAGCAGGAUCUGGUGGUCACUGCAAUGUUCUUGGCCUUUUAUACUUGCUUUGCCAUUGGUAAUUCUUAAAAGUCAAAGAAAUACUAGCCGACAAAACGUGUACUAGCUUGCCACAACAGUGGCACAAACCACCAACUGAUAAAAUCGAGGCAGAGCCAGUGAUGAAGUCAACUUUUGCAAAAUCGUGCAAAGAUAAGGAAAAGAAGAGGAAACGUGCUCCAGUAAACUGCAAGCUUUAUGAUGCAAAUGCUAAGAGAGUUAAGGCAAUUGAAAAUGAGAGAAAUAUCCAAGCAAUGAGAU